AUGGCGUCCAAGGUGGUCCUCUCGAACAACACUCACAGCAACUGGAUGAAAGAUCCAGGAUUGCGGCGACUGAACCUUGGGAUCGGGUUCAUGCUAUCUGCAUCGGCUACUGCCGGAUAUUGUGCCAGUAUGAUCAAUGGUCUGCUGGUGCUUCCCGAAUUUACAAAUUUUCUGCAUGGCCUCGACACAAAUGGAAAGGGCCUGAUCAUCGCAGCUGUCUCACUUGGCUCUUUUAGCGCAUUUAUCCCCGCAUCCUACAUUGCCGAUAAUCUGGGGCGGAAGAUCUGCGUUCUCAUCGGAUCCUCGCUAGUGAUCAUCGCCUCGAUCAUUCAAGUCGCCACACAAAAUCACUGGAUUUUCUUCGGCGCCCGCGUGCUAGCGGGCAUCGGCGUCGGCAUUUCACAAACAGCCGCGCCUUUGCUCAUUACUGAAUCGACACAUCCGCGCCAGCGACAGGCCUUUACGGGCCUCUAUAACGCACUCUGGUUCAUUGGGUCCAUUACGUCGGCUACGAUUAGUUUUGCAGGACUUGCAAUUCUGGGAAGUUGGUCGUGGAAACUGCCUUGUCUAACGCAGGUGUUUUAUCCGGUUCUGCAGCUGAUUGGACUUUGUCUUGUGCCUGAGAGUCCGAGAUGGUUGGUUUCUCGCGGGAGGAAAGAGGAGGGAAUGGCCAUUUUGGCUAGGUACCAUGCAAAUGGGGAUAAAAACGACGAGCUUGUCCAGGAUGAAUUCUAUCAGAUUUGCAAGAGCAUUGAAGCCGAAUCUGAUAAGAGCUGUCGGCAGUGGAGCUCGUUCUUUGCGAAUCGCAGCAACAUGCAUCGUCUGGCGAUUUGCGUGCUGUUGGGAUUUAUGCAAGAAUGGUCAGGAAAUGGUGUCGUUUCUUACUAUCUAGCCCCAAUUCUGGAAUCAGUCGGUAUCUACCACGCCUCUCACCAGGCCGCCAUCAACAUAAGCCUGCAAGUGUGGAACCUGAUGUUCGCCGUCGGCGGAGCAAUGGCCGCAGAGCGAUACGGACGACGAAAACUCUGGCUGAUCGCGACAACCCUGAUGCUGAUCUACCUCUCCGCCGCAACGGCCAUGUCAGGCCUCUUCCAAGAGCUCCAUGUGCUGGAAGCUGGCAUCGCGGUGGUGCCCAUGCUCUUCCUCUUCUGCGCCGCAUACGACAUGGCCUACAUGCCGCUAUUCAUUGCCUACCCAGCUGAAAUCUUGCCCUUCCAGCUCCGCGCCAAGGGCCUCGCCAUCACCUUGACCACCGACUCGAUGGCUUGUUUCUUCAACCAGUACAUCAACCCGGUGGCGUUUGCGGCUAUCCACUGGAAGUACUUCACUGUUUACCUAGGAUGUCUCAUUAUCUUCCUGGCGACUAUCUACCUGCUCUUCCCGGAGACCAAGGGCUUGUCUCUGGAGGAGGUGGCAAGGAUCUUCGAAAAGGAGAAGACUUAUCAGGUUGAGACGCCUACUUCACAUGUUUCGCAGGAGUUGGUGAUUUUCCCGAAAAAGAGCAGCACAUCGUCAUGA